GACGCUCCGGCGGGUGGGCUGUACUGGGUGAUGCGGUUCGGGUCCAGGUGUGUCGCGAGGACGGUGUACUGAACGUAUUUCCAUCCCGUCAUAGAGCCCUCUCCAGUUCAUGCCCUGUCCAUCGACUUCUUUUUUGUGCCCCUCCUUCCAUCCAUCUAAUCCGUGUGGCCAUAGUAAGUCAGUCUGCUGACUGUCAUGGCUUCCACUGCUUUAUUGCUGCUGGCCAUAUCCUCCUCUGUCUCCUUCACAGUGGCAGUCCUGUUUGGUGAGCCCAGAAUUUUUGGAGAGGAUGCUACUGGUUAUGGCCCCAUAUUUGAGGAGGAGCCUGUGGAUGUCGUCUACACAGAAGAUUCACCUGAUAAGAGAAUCUCUAUGAAUUGCAGGGCACGUGCAAACCCACCAGCUACAUACAGGUGGCGCCGUGAUAACUGGGAAAUCAAGCUCAUGGAGCAGCCAGAUGAGCACUAUAGUCUGGUCGGAGGGAACCUGGUUAUCACUAAUCCUAUUCAGAAGAAACACGCUGGGACAUAUAUAUGUGUGGCCAAGAAUAUCUAUGGGACCGUCAUCAGCAAAGAGGCCAGGGUCAAGUUUGGAUUUCUAGAAGAGUUUCCUGAUGAAGAGAGAGACCCGGUGCAAGUAAAAGAAGGACAGGGAGCGGUUCUGCUGUGUGUCCCUCCAAAAGCUUGGCCAGAGGAAGUGACUUACCGCUGGAUUUACAAUGAGUUCCCAGUUUUCCUGCACACAGACCGUCGUCGGUUUGUCUCACAGAGGACGGGGAACCUAUACAUCUCCAAGGUGGAAGCUCAAGAUGCGGGAAAUUAUUCCUGCUUUGUAUCUAGUCCCAUCCUCGGGAAGAGUGUUUACUCCAAGUUCAUCCCUCUCAUCCCCUUACCCUCUGAUGAUGGUGAGGAGAGAAAAUAUCCAGCAGAUAUCAGGGUGAAGUUUCCAGACACCACUGCCAUGCUGGCCUCCAACAUUACCUUGGAAUGCUUUGCUCUAGGAAAUCCCGUCCCACAUAUUGUAUGGAGGAAGGUGGAUGCAACAGACCUCCCGGCAAACCAUGAAAUCAGUGAAUCGGGAGCUGUGCUUCAUCUCUACAAUAUUCAGUAUGAAGAUGUGGGAGCGUACGAUUGUGAAGCCAUCAACACUAAAGGAAAGGACUGGCAUAAGGCCUGGCUCUAUGUGGAAUCUGCACCAGAGUGGGCAGAGACCAUUAACAACACUCAGAUGGACAUUGGCUCAGAGCACACAAUGCGCUGUGUGGCAUCAGGGAAACCUUUUCCUUUCAUUCGCUGGUAUAAAGAUGGAUAUAUGUAUGGGAAAGGUGAGCUGAAGUUUUCCAGUCUGACUUUUGAUGACUCCGGGAUGUACCAGUGUAUUGCUGAGAACUACUGGGGCAUCAAAUACGCCAACGCAGAGCUGCGAGUCAUCGCUUGUGCUCCGAUGUUCGAGCUCAACCCUGUGAAGAAGCAGCUUCUUGGAGCUAAAGAUGGACGAGUGGUGAUCGAGUGUAAACCAAGAGCAGCUCCAAGACCUCGAUUCACUUGGACAAAGGGCAAAGAGCUCCUCUUCAACAAUUCACGUAUUUCCAUCAUGUUUGAUGGGAGUCUGGAAAUCCGCAAUGCCACCAAAAACGAUGAAGGUUUUUACACCUGCUUUGCUGAGAAUGACAGAGGAAAGGCUAACAGCUCUGGGUCUCUCACCAUCACAGAGGCUACCAUCCUUACAGUAGCACCCGAAGACUCUGAGGUUAAAGUUGGUGACGAGGUGAUUCUCAGGUGUGCUGCAUCAUAUGACCCUAUGCUGGACAUCACAUUCAUUUGGGCGAUUGACUUCCGAGUUAUUGACUUUGACUCUGAAUGGCAACACUACGAGCGUGUUCUGGGUGAAGAUGGAGUUGGUGAUCUGAGAAUAAAGAAUGCCCAGAUUUGGCAUGAAGGUCGCUACACCUGCACGGCUCAAACUGUGGUGGACAACGACACUGCUUACGCUGACCUUAAAGUUGUAGGUGUUCCCGGGCCUCCUGGUGUGAUCCGAGUGGAGGAGAUCGGUGAUACAUGGGUGAAGCUGUUGUGGACCAAAGGAGCUGAACAUAACAGCCCCAUUCUCUCCUACACCAUUCAGACCAGACACUUCUGGGCUCUCUAUGAAGAUGACUGGAGGGAUGCCAGCACAUCUCCAACUAAUCUUGAUGGAAGCAUGGAGAGAGCAGAGGUAACAGACUUGUACCCUUGGAUGGAGUAUCAGUUCAGGAUCAUUGCUAUCAAUGAGUAUGGAUCAGGAGAGGCCAGUAUCCCUUCCCUCAAGAUCAAAACCUGGGAUGCUCCUCCAGUGGUUUCCCCCACUGAUGUGGCAGGAUAUGGAGGUCGAAAUGGCGAGAUUGUCAUCACAUGGAUGCCUGUGCAGCCAUGGUUUUUCUAUGGCAAAAAAUUUGGCUACAUUGUAGCCUUCAAGCCUCAUGAUGCUUACGACUGGUGGUACGAGACCAUCUCAGAUCCCGAGACGAGACGGUAUGUUCACAGGGAUUCCUACUUCAUUCCCACUGAAGAGGACUUCCAGGUGCGAGAGUUUCAGGUGAAAAUCAAGUCAUUUAAUGUGAAAGGAGAUGGGCCAUACAGCCUCACCAAAGUCAUCUACUAUCCAAGAGAUGUGCCAACAGAAUCUCCAACGGAUGUCUAUGCCAGGCCAGUGUCCUCCACUGAAGCCCUGGUUUGGUGGCUACCAGUGGUUGACACCGGAACAGGUCUACAGCAGUACAUCGAAGGAUACCAGGUCAAAUACUGGAGAAAAUAUGAUGACCCAGAGCCUGGAGCCAAUCGUAUAUUUGUUCCAGCCACAGUCAAUCAGACUAGGCUGGAAAACAUGCUGCCAGACUCACACUACCUCAUAGAGGUCCGUGCCUUCAAUGGAGCAGGCCUUGGACCCCCUGGUGAACACUGUGAGAUGUUCACAAAGAGGCCACCACCACCAGAGCCUCCCAGGAUGUGGCGCUACAUCAGCUGGACCGGAAAAUGGUUGUAUGUGUGGUGGGAUCACAUUGAGUACGAUUGGUUUGGCAAUAUUUCCUUUCCCCUCUACUACAAGGUCAUGUUCAGAAAGACCGGCUACAUCUAUGGGAAAGUCUACAUCACUGGCUGGCACUUUAUGGACUUCCCCAUGCCUCAGGUUGGAGACUAUGAACUGAUGGUACGUGGCCGUUAUGAAGGAGGAGAUGGCCCAGUCAGGAAGAUAAGGAUUCAGGGUAAAGCAUCCCUGAUCACACCCACUCUAAGCUUAGUGUCCUUGAUGCUGCUUGUGCUGUGCAUUUUGGAAGUGGAAAUUUAAGCCAGCCACAAGGUUCAUGUGUAUAUAAUAGACUCUAGGAAGCAAAUACAUGGACUUAAUGGAAGAUACAGCCCCCAUGAUCAGUCUUCACAUGGAUUCUCACUGAUUAAAAUACACAAUAUGCAUCAUUACUGUAGUUCUGAUGUUACUGCACACUCAAAGAUGGUUUCUGAAAAAAUGAAACUUUGAUGUAACCCAGUUCACUUUUUACAGUCUUAGAAGACAGCAGAAUAUGUGCAGGGGAAAAGUAAGAAUCUUGAAUCGAUUGUAUUCUGAAACAGAAGUUCCCAAAUGUGUCACAUCCAGGUGAUUUCAACAACUCAAAGAGAAUGAAGACAGAAGACGAUUGGAUGGUAUGAAUAAGGAACAUAAUUCUCUAAUUAUACACCGUUUAGGUAGAAUUAAAUGCAUCUAGAAAAGCCUUUUUUUUUGCUGAAAAACUACCCUGUCCCUCCACUUCUUCUUCUGUUCCAUUAUUAUUUUCUCAUAAUUUUAUACUAGUAAAAUGUAUCUCUCCUAAUCAUUUCAAUUAAUGUCUGAAGGGAUUUGGGUCUAGUUUUUUUACUUAUUUCUAAUCAAAUUAGGCCCCCAGUUGUGAAAAGUUUGUGAGACUUUUUUUAGGGGUACUGUAUGUUUUUUGAAUGAUAAUCUACAAUCAGAUAAUUUAUAUAUUUGUUUCACAAAUGAAAACCAUAUCACUUCACACAUUUCCCUGAAGUUUGGACGUUUAAAAGGUUACAGUUUAAUGCGCUUUGGGGCCAGGACUGGACUGAUGUACAGACCUACCACUCAUACUAACUUAUUAUAUGUCAUCCAGAAAACAAAAAACAUUAAACAAAAUAAAACAAAAAUG